UUAGCUGCGCUCUCCCCCUUGCGGUUAUUUCACACUCCUGCUACUUGCCAGCAGUGUCCAAGGUUAAUCAUUUAACUUCGGCAAUAUUCCUCAGGGACCCAGGGAGGCGAAGCAUUUAGUCACGGCAUGCGCACCUGUUGCAUCUUAAAAUGGGCGACUACAGGGGCAGUAAUGGUUCAGUGACGAGCCAUGAUGACAGCGGGAUUUUAUCCGUUAUCCCGAGCACAGAAGCCGGGGACAUUCGUGUUGUGUUUCGUAAAGUUGACGACGACGACCACAGCGACGACGGUGAACAUUUUACUGACAGAUUGCAGCCUCCAGGUGACAGCCAGAAUAAUGACAGGGAUGGAGCAGACUGCGAGAUGGUUCCGAACAGUCACAGCGUGAAUGGCAGCUCACCAAAGCGAGGGUGGCCGCUACUAUGUUGCGGGAAAGAGGACGCUGAUCACACCGGUCGAAGCGGAAACUCCGAUCAUAAAGUUGUGGAGGAUGCGAAGGCCCCGUGCCCGGGCCUGGGCCUGUUCUACGCCCUGCUGGCUCAGGGUAGUGAGGUUGUGGAAGAUGCGAAGGCCCCGUGCCCGGGGCUGGGCCUGUUCUUCGCCCUGCUGGCUCAGGGUAGUGAGGUGGUGGAGGAUGCGAAGGCCCCGGGGCUGGGCCUGUUCUACGCCCUGCUGGCUCAGGUGGUGGAGGAUGCGAAGGCCCCGUGCCCUGGGUCUGACACUUGUGAUACUGUAAAUGAAAGAGUUGUGGAGGAUGCGAAGGCCCCGUGCCCGGGCCUGGGCCUGUUCUACGCCCUGCUGGCUCAGGGUAGUGAGGUGGUGGAGGAGGCGAAGGCCCCGGGGCUGGGCCUGUUCUACGCCCUGCUGGCUCAGGUUGUGGAAGAUGCGAAGGCCCCGUGGCCGGGGCUGGGCCUGUUCUACGCCCUGCUGGCUCAGGGUAGUGAGGUUGUGGAAGAUGCGAAGGCCCCGUGCCCGGGCCUGGGCCUGUUCUACGCGCUGCUGGCCUCGCUCUUCUUCUCCCUGGUGGCUCUGCUGGUCAAGAGGAUCGAGGGCGUCCACGCCGUGCAGAUCAGCGCCUUCCGAUGCUUCUUCCAGAUGCUCUUUGUUCUACCUCUCAUGAUUUACUACAAUACGGGUUUCCUGGGCCCGCGCAGCAUGCGUGUCUUCUUGUUCCUGCGCGGCUUCCUGGGCUCCAGUGCCAUGAUCCUGCUCUUCUACGCCGUGCAGCAGAUGCCCCUGGCCGACGCCACCGUCAUCAUGUUCUCCAACCCCGUCUUCACCGCGCUGCUGGCCUGGAUCUUCCUCAAGGAGCGCUGCACCGUCUGGGACGUCGUCUUCACCGCCUUCACCAUCACCGGCGUGGUGCUGAUCGCGCGGCCGCCGUUCCUGUUCGGUGAGCGCGUGGCGGCGUCCGGUCUGGAGGCGGACUACCAGAGCCACAUCAAGGGAGCCGCGGCGGCGUUCGCCGGGGCCGUCGGCGCCGCCUGCACCAUGGUGAUCCUCCGCAAGAUGGGCAAGGGCGUCCACUACUACCUCUCGGUGUGGUACUACGCGGUGAUCGGCCUGGUGACGUGUGCCGUGACGCUGUCGGUUCUGGGCGAGUGGAGCGUGCCGGCGUGCGGCGCCGACCGCUGGGUGAUGAUGAUCAUCGCGGUGCUCGGCAUCGCCGGCCAGACCUUCCUGACCAAGGCGCUGCAGAUCGAGAAGGCGGGGCCCGUGGCCCUGAUGCGGACCAUCGACGUGGUGCUGGCCUUCAUCUUCCAGUUUCUCUUCCUGAACCGUAAGCCCACCUGGUGGAGCCUGGGCGGAGCACUCUGCGUCGUCAGCAGCACUAGCGGCGUGGCGCUAAGGAAGUGGUGCAACCACAGCAACAGGAAGUCCUGACACUACUACUACUACUAGGGCGUCGACAGACAGACAGACAGGAAAUGGGGAUGAUGGUGAUGGCGGUGUUGAUGAUGAUGAUGAUCAGGGCUCUAAAUCAGUGUUUCCCAACCAGGGGUACGUGUACCACUAGGGGUACGCGAGCACACUGCAGGGGGUACUUGGAAAAAUUUAAUUUUAACAAAUGUAUGGAGCAUAGUAACAUUAGAUUAGAAAAAGUGAUUUAAACAUGAGUUAGGGGGUACUCAUGGCACUACGAAAAGGGUUAGGGGGUACACAAAACCAAAAAGAUUGGGAAACACUGCUCUAAAUUAACACCAGCUAAACGGCCAAAUUGCUGGUGAAAAUUCGGUUUGGAUGGUAGAAAAGAAAGUUUACUAGCCACUUUGACUGAUAGUGAGUAAUGUAUGUUUGGCUAGUACGAUGGCUAGUACGCUUAACAUUUAUUAGCCACAUCUUCCUAAUGAAGAAAAAAGUGAAUUUUUAGCCCUGAUGAUUAUGACUGAUGACGAUGGUUGGCAACACUGUUGACUUUGUUGACACAUAAUAAUAAUAAUAUAAUAAUCAGGCUUGUACGAAAUUCCGAAUGGAAAGAAUUUCAA